CAGCUGACAGCCUCGAUCGAGAGAGAGAGAGAGAGAGAGUUUUGCAUUUGGUGCAUUUAAACAAGAAUUCAUCAGAGUAAUGCUUAUCGGAAUGGGUUUGCGUCUGCUUCUUCUAUUAGUUUACUUAGUAGCAGCCACCUCUGCCGGCUCUAACGCCCCAAAACUCGUCACGACUCUGCCGGGUUACUCCGGCGAGUUGCCCUUCAAGCUUGAAACUGGAUACAUCGGAGUAGGGGAAAACGAGACUGCACAACUGUUUUACUACUUUGUUGAGUCCCAAAGGAACCCUUUGCGAGACCCAAUCCUGAUUUGGAUCAGUGGAGGCCCCGGUUGCUCUGGUCUUGGCAGCUUUGUCUUUGAGAGUGGCCCUUUAACUUUCAAACUAGGACAUUACAAUGGAAGCCUACCAACGCUUCAUGAAAACCCAUGGACAUGGACCCAGGGACUUAACAUCGUUUAUUUGGAUGCACCAGUGGGGGCUGGAUUCUCGUAUUCAGAAACCUCAGACGGAUAUGCUAUGGAUGACUACAAAUAUGUGGCACAAGCCUAUGAAUUUAUUCAGAAGUGGCUGAGCGAACACCCUCAGUUUUUGGAAAAUCAACUCUACGUCGGUGGUGAAUCGUAUGGUGGCAAGCCUGUUCCGAUGAUUGUGCAACAGAUUGUGAUAGGUAACGAAGCUGGAAGCGUGCCCAUGAUUAAUCUGAAAGGGUAUAUUCUUGGGUCUCCAGUGACAGAUUCAUUCACUGACAGUAAUGCAAAAAUCCCACUUGCUCAUCGGCUGACUCUCAUCUCAGACCAACUCUACGAGUCAGCCAAAACAAGUUGCAACGGCAAUUUUGUGAAUGUAGAUGCCAGCAAUUAUCAAUGCUCUUCAGACAUUGAUGCCAUCGAUGAGCUGCUAAGCAAAAUAAAUACGCUACACAUUUUGCAACCAUAUUGUCUUAAUGGCUUCCCAGAAGUAAAUGAAGAAUCUUUCUCAGAAAAGCCUACUUCUGCUCUUUGGUGUCGUGGCUAUAACCAUAUGCUUUGCUACAACUGGGCGAAUAAUAAAGGUGUCCAAGAAGCUCUUGGUGUUCGAGAGGGGACAAAACAAUUUUGGCAGUACUGUAAUACUACCUUAGCUUAUACUACAUCAGUCACCAAUGUUGUUGGUUAUCAUCGAAAUCUCACAAAUGCUGACCUACGACUUCUCGUAUACAGUGGUGAUCAUGACAUUUCAGUUCCAAACAUUGGCACACAAGAAUGGAUAAAGUCUCUAAAUUUGACGACGGAUGAAAGUUGGAGAGUGUGGUCUGUUGAUGGUCAAACUGCUGGGUAUACAGAGAAGUUGAUCAAUGAUUAUUUCACUUUGACAUAUGCUACUGUAAAGGGAGGAGGCCACUAUGCUGCAGAAGACAUGGUCAAGGAGUGUGCGGCCAUGAUAGAUAGAUGGAUGGCUUAUUUCCCACUUUGAAGUGUGGUUGAUUGAAAUGUAUUAGGCGAUCCGACAUUUUUUUAGCACAUUUGGUGAAAAAUAAUAACUUUAGCUCUUCGAAAGUGAUUGCAGAUUGACAAAGAAACUCUGAGAAGUCUUUCUCUCGUCUCACUCAUGGCUCAGCUUCUAUGAAAGUGAGCAAGUUUCAUGAAACAUGAUAUGAAUCCAGUUCAGAUCUGAAGCAACAACCCGACAUA